GCUCGGACAUAGACAAGCCGACUGAGGGUCCCCGACCUGGUCUGGAAGGGGAAACACCAAGACAAGCUUGUUUGUAUUCUCUUAAACUUUCUUUACUUAGCUGCUUCUGAGUUGCUUCAUGAUGUUUCAAGUUCCGAGUUCGUACCUGGAAAUCCUAUGGAGCAUGUACUGGUAUGUCAGUUAUAUGCAGCUCCGAUGAAAGAAAUGCCUGCAAAGAUCUAGUUGCAAGGAUUCUAUCUCGUUACAGGGUAUAUUUUCAAGUCUGCCGCUCACGCCACGCGGUGGGCACGUUCUCAAAUCCAUCGCGAUCUCGUCACUGUUACUAAGCUCAACACGGUAUCGUUCGUGCAAUGGCUCACGGGAACGAAAUCCUCGCCCGAGCCAACCAGAUUUCUAUGUCAAGUUCAUCAAUGCAACACGAGUUUCUACAAUGGCCAUGAGAUUGGCACAAGGCACAUGGUGUGAAUUAUACAGCACAUUGAUUGACUCUUUCGUUCGCCCUUUGACAAUGCCGACUUGUCCUCAGUGUAGCCAUCGACCAUUUAUAACGGCUGCAGCUCUUAUGGAUCAUAUGCGAUCCUCAUCCUUGCCUCAUCCGUACUGCAAGCUGUGUGACAGACGGUUUAUCGACGAACUAUCCCUGAAAUCCCACCAAGUCGCGAAGCAUCCACCAAUGUUCGACUGCAUGGACUGUGGCAGGCCUUUCAAAUCGCAGGUCUCACUUGACGAACAUUUUCGUGGCUCUCCCAACCAUCCCAACUGUCCCGUUUGCGGACGAGGGUUCAGGACCCAAGCUUUGGCCGACUCCCACCACAACGAAAGUCAUCCAAGGGCGACUUGCGAUACCUGCCGAAGGACCAUGUACGAGCAUGAAAUGGCAAAACACUUUAAAGAAUCUCCACGACACCCAAAAUGUCACUCGUGCGACGAAGGCUUCGCAAAUGAUGCAGAUUACACUUCGCAUUGCUCCAUCGUCCAUUCAGACGCGCACUGUGUCGAAUGCGACCGGCAAUUCUUCGACGUUGACGCCCUCCAGAACCAUUACGCCAACUCUCUUCAACACCCGAAAUGUAUGCGGUGCAAGACGGGUUUUGCUAAUGAGAAUGAAUACGCUGCUCAUGUCGCCACACACUCCCCCGUGUCCCCGGCGAUGAACUCGCCCAUGCCGUCUCCUCAUGGCAUGUUUUCACCAGCGCUAACAGGCUCAGUGGCGCCGAGAUUGAUUACUUCUACGUCGAACUCUCCCGCGCUUUCUCGUUCCGACCAAAAUCUUGCAACGCCCUAUCGCUCGGCACUCUUGUCCGCAAAAUCACCUUUGAGUCCCAUCUUCAACUUCAAUAACAAUGAUCUCCUCAAACAUACGCUUCCUCUAUGGAGUCCCGUCCGAGGGACGGUUUCGCCAAUCCGCGAAGCAGAAGAUGAGGAUGACAUUCUCACAUCGUCUUCGGCGGCUCUAAUGGUCCAAAAACUUGUCGACGACGUACCUGAACCGUCGCUCCCCCACAUCCAAGUCGACCAUGUCCCUGAUCUUCCCCGCCUUCAGACGUUCGGUCUAUCCCGUUCGGCUUCUCAGUCAUAUACGCCAAAGUACGAUCCGUUCGGAGAAAAUCCGGUAUCCGAAGAGUGGCUUACUCCAUAUGUUGGCAAUGGCUAUAGUUCGCCGGACGUCUCAUCUCCAGCCGGCCUUGCGCAAAUUCCUACUAUAUCUCCGGUAGCAUCAACACCUUCAACGGCCUCCGUGAAGAAUAACCACUCUCCCGAGGCAUUGAUAUUCUCGCCGUUUAAAAUGGUGUCUGACCAUCAUAGCUUGGGCUCGAAGUCAAAUUCGUCCCAUGGUGGUCGCACCCCAGUGUCGCCGUCUUCAGCCGCUCCUGGUUCAGGUUCGAACAGCUGCGCCGGUCCCGGUGGCUCGUAUUCUCUGCCAAGUAGCUCGCCGUCGUCCAUUAGUGGCGAAAAGGAGAGCUUGCACCUGCAUUGCCGUCUGUGCGGGACAAGCCCAUGCCGAGAUAUGACGGCGACUAUGUGUGGCCAUAUUUUUUGUAAUAAUUGCAUUGUACAUGCUGUCAUUUCGACAUCCAGCUGCCCAGUCUGCAAUAACCCUACUUUGCUAUACUGUUUAUUCAAACUCGACUUGACUUCUGUGUAGAUUUUGGUAUAGAUUCAGGGAUUUCUUGUGAACGUUUCUUGACAAUAGUAGCCACAAUGCAGUGUAACUUUACGACCUACUAGUACUUUUGAAAAAGAAAGAACGGAUGGCACACUCAAAGUC